AACUACCAGAUCAUUUCAUCAAUUAAUACAAAAUUAAACACCCUAAUAAUUGCAUCACUAAAAUCAAUUAAAAUAAAUUGUAGCAUCAGUUAAAUUUCCAUCAUUUUAAUUUUCAAACAUUUAAAACCAACAUUUCAAAAUAAAGCGCCUUUAUAAUUUUAAAUAUAAUGGAUUAAAUUAAAAAAAAAUCAACGAAGUAUUAAAGAGGAGUCUAUUGGAAGUACAAAUACUAUAGCGAGGAGCUAAACGAAGAAACUUAUGUGACAACAAUGAUGGAAUAAUAUCAAACAGAUGGUGUAAAAGCCUUUUGGGGUUAAUAUUCUAUAAAUAACUAAAAUAAAACAUGUUUUUUACAUUGUAUUGUAAGUUUUGGCAAAAGAGUUUCACCCAAGAUUGUAAAACUUAAGUUAAAACUUGGAGAUGUAAAAGUAAAAGCAAUUAGGAAGUCUUUGUUAAAAGAUGAAAUUAAAAAUUGUUUAGAUGUAAGAAUAAGAGUUGCAGGAACUCAAUACAUAGGUUCAGAUACAUUAAGGAGAGAUAAACAAAAAGAAAAAAUUCAAAAAGAGAGGGAGAAAGAAUAAAAUAAGAUAUGUUAGAUAAUAAAUUAAUAAAUAUAAACAGAGGUUUUAUUACAGUUAAUUUUUAGGAAAUCUAAGAAUCCAAUUAAUAAUUUUACAAGUUAUCAUAACUCCUUGAUUCUAAUCUUAGAAUAGAGUAGAGAGGUGUUAGAAUAGAAUAGCAAUUGGAUAUAAUUAGAAAAUUUUUGGAGAAUAUAUAGCAGGAGAAAAUGGAACCCUAUAAAUCUUUGAUCUUAUUAGAUUGA